AUGGUCCUCGAGAUCCUGAAUCCAUGGCGCAGCCCCAAAGAUGACUUUGAACCCGCGCCCGGACCCGCUCUCUUCAUCCGCGCGCCCGUGAAGCUCGUCCUCUACCACGCCUACCACCUGCUAAACGCUCUACGCUCGACACCCAGGCCGUCGCAGCCGCCAAUUCGCAUCGUAUGCAUAUCAGACACGCACAACCACAUCCCCAGCGAUGUGCCACCGGGCGACAUCCUCAUCCAUGCGGGGGACAUGACGAAUGGCGGUAGCGUGGAGGAGAUCCAAGCGCAAAUCGACUGGCUCUCGUCUCUACCACACCGAGAAAUCAUCGUCAUAAGCGGGAACCACGAUACCUACCUAGACCCUCGCACACGGCCCUCGCUGUCCUCUGCGCAGCGACACGGCAAUUUGGAAUGGGGGCGCGUGCACUAUCUGCAGCAUAAACUGCUCACGCUCAACAUCACGCAACAAGACGCACCGACAUCCACCGACUCCCGCACGCCGUUGCUGGGGAACGCAGCGCCGCAGCGAAGACUGCGCAUCUAUGGCGCCCCGCAGAUCCCUGCCUGUGGGCCUAUGAGCGUGCAUGCGUUUCAGUAUGCGCGGGGCAGCGAUGCGUGGAGCGAGACGGUACCGGAGGAUGUGGAUGUUCUGGUCACGCACACGCCGCCCAAGUACCAUUUGGAACUUGCCCUGCCGACGGGACUGGGGUGCGAGCACCUGCUCGAGGAAGUCAAGAGGGUGAAGCCGGUGCUGCAUGUGUUUGGGCAUGUGCAUUGGGGUGCAGGGAGAGAGGUGGUGCACUGGGAUCGCGCGCAUGAGGCGUACAUCAAGGGGAUGGGGACCGAGUCAAAGUACACAAGGGGAGUGCUGAACCCGGGGUUGUGGUGGAACGUCGUCAGGGUAUUCUAUCGCGGGCUGAGAGAGCUGCUGUGGGAUAGGGUGUGGGGCGGCCAGAGCACGCACACGAUCCUGGUGAACGCCGCGCAGACGUACGGCAACACGGGCAAGCUGGGCAACCCAAUCCAGGUCGUUGAGAUAUAG